AUGGCGGAGUCAAAACUGCCUAAAGUUUCACUGAAUGAGGUGGUAGUCGUUUCUGCAGUUCGCACCCCUCUUGGAUCUUUCAGAGGAAAAUUGUCAUCACUUUCAGCGUCAGAGCUUGGUGCCAUUGCAAUCAAGGCAGCAGUUGAAAGAGCUGGCAUCCCCAUGGAGGCAAUUAAAGAGGUAUAUAUGGGUAACACUUGCUCUGCUGGCAUCGGACAAUCUCCUGCCCGGCAGGCUUGCAUAUUUGCUGGACUCCCAGAAACUACUAUUUGUACUACAGUCAACAAAGUAUGCUCCUCUGGCAUGAAAGCCGUUAUGUGUGCUGCGCAAGGACUACAAACCGGCGCCGAAGAUAUAAUUUUGGCGGGUGGAAUGGAAUCUUUGUCCAAUGUGCCAUUCUACUUGAAGAGAGGCGAAAUUCCAUAUGGUGGUAUGCAAUUGGUUGAUGGUGUACUGCGUGACGGUUUUAUGGAUUACUACAACAACUUUCACAUGGGAGACUGUGCAGAAAAUAUAGCUAGGAAGUUAGAUAUCAGCAGAGAAGAUCAGGACAAUCAUGCUAUAACUAGCUACAAGAGAGCCGCUGCAGCGUACGCCGAUGGCGUCUUUGAUGUCGAAUUAGUACCUGUUCUUGUACCCCAAAAAAAAAGUGAACCGAUUUUAGUUACCGAAGAUGAAGAGUACAAAAAAGUCGAUUAUGAAAAAUUAAUCAAGCUGCCUCCCGCUUUCCAAGAUAAAAACGGUUCUGUAACAGCAGGUAAUUCGUCACCUCUGGGCGAUGGGGCUGCUGCUUUAGUUUUAAUGACUGCCGAGGCUGCACGAAAACUAAACGUCAAACCCAUUGCUCGUAUUCUUGACUUUGUAGAUGCUGAACGUGCCCCAAUCGACUUUACUAUUGCACCAGCAAUUUCUAUCCCUAAGCUUUUAACUAAGGCUGGUGUACAGAAAGAAGAUAUCGCUUUAUGGGAGAUCAAUGAGGCAUUCAGUGCUGUUGCUGUUGCUAAUCAAAAACUUUUGGGUUUAGACCCUGCUAAGAUUAACGUGCAUGGAGGAUCUGUUAGUCUUAGUAACCCGAUAGGUAUGACCGGUGCAAGAAUUAUUGUACAUCUGAUACAUGCCCUGAAAAAGGGUCAAAAAGGAGUUGCGUCUGUUUGUAACGGCGGCGGCGGUGCAUCCUCAAUAUUGAUUGAAAAAUUAUAA